GAAUUGGCUCUGUAUCAAUGGAAUCUCAUCAUCCAUACAUAACGAAUUGGUGUGGUAUAUUCAUAUCAUAACAUAUGAACAGUAAGACCUAACAGUCUUAUUGAGACUAGAACUCAUAGGGAAUAAAAUUUAUGGAUGGAAUCAAAUAUUUUGUAGUUACAGACAAAAGUAUUCGGUUAUUGCUGAAAAAUCAAUAUACUUCUAAUGUCGAAUCAGGAUCAACUAGGGCAGAAAUAAAGCAUUGGGUCGAACUCUUCUUUGGUGUCAAGGUACUAGCUAUGAAUAGUCAUCGACUACCGAGAAAGGGUAGAAGAAUGGGGCCUAUUAUGGGACAUAGAAUGCAUUACAAAUGUAUGAUCGUUACGCUUCAACCGGGUUAUUCUAUUCCACCUCUUAUAACGAAAAGAACUUAAAUCAAAAUACUUAAUAGCAUGGCGAUACAUUUAUACAAAACUUCUACCCCGAGCACACGCAAAGGAGCCGUAGACAGGAAAGUGAAAUCCAAUCCACGAAAUAAUUUGAUCUAUGGACAACAUCGUUGUGGUAAAGGUCGUAAUGCAAGAGGAAUCAUUACCGCAGGGCAUAGAGGGGGAGGUCAUAAGCGUCUAUACCGUAAAAUAGAUUUUCGAUGGAAUGACAAAGACAUAUAUGGUAAAAUCGUAACUAUAGAAUAUGACCCUAAUCGAAAUGCAUACAUUUGUCUCAUACACUAUGGGGGUAGUGAGAAAAGAUAUAUUUUACAUCCCAGAGGGGCUCUAAUUGGAGAUACCAUUGUUUCUGGUACAGAAGUUUCUAUAAAAAUGGGAAAUGCCCUACCUUUGAAAUCUACUUCAACCGAUAUGCCCUUAAGCACGGCCAUACAUAACAUAGAAAUCACACUUGGAAAGGGUGGACAAUUAGCUAGAGCGGCAGGUGCUGUAGCGAAACUGAUUGCAAAAGAGGGGAAAUCGGCCAUAUUAAAAUUACCUUCUGGGGAGGUCCGUUUGAUACCCAAAAUCUGCUCAGCAAUAGUCGGACAAGUGGGGAAUGUUUGGGUGAACCAGAAAAGUUUGGGUAGAGCCGGAUCUAAACGUUGGCUAGGUAAGCGUCCUGUAGUAAGAGGAGUAGUUAUGAACCCUGUAGACCAUCCCCAUGGGGGUGGUGAAGGGAGGGCCCCAAUUGGUAGAAAAAAACCCUCAACCCCUUGGGGUUAUCCUGCACUUGGCAGAAGAAGUAGAAAAAGGAAUAAAUAUAGCAAUAAUUUGAUUCUUCGUCGCCGUAGUAAAUAGGAGAGAAAAUAGAAUUUGUUUCUUCGUCUUUAUAAUAUAAAAAAAAAUAGGAGUAAUUAAUUGUGGCACGUUCACUAAAAAAAAUCCUUUUGUAGCCAAUCAUUUAUUAAGAAAAAUGAAUAUGCUUAACACAAAAGCGCAAAAAGAAAUAAUAGUAACUUGGUCCCGAGCGUCUACCAUUAUACCUACAAUGAUCGGGCAUACUAUUGAUGUUCAUAAUGGAAAAGAACAUUUGCCCAUUUAUAUAAUAGAUCGUAUGGUAGGCCAUAAAUUGGGAGAAUUUGCACCCACUCUAAAUUUUCGGGGACAUGCAAAAAAUGAUAAUAGAUCUCGUCGUUAGUUAAUAUUUAGUUAAUAAAUAAUAAUAAUAAAAUGAAAUAUAGAUGCUUAUGGGCGAACGACGGGAAUUGAACCCGCGCAUGGUGGAUUCACAAUCCACUGCAUUGAUCCACUUGGCUACAUCCGCCCCUAUAUUAAAUAUUAAACAAAAUUUUUUUAAUUUAUUUGAAUAUAUUUCAAUUUUAGACAAGAUAAAAGAAAUUGAAACCUUUAUUUUUAUUUAAUAACGAAAUAAUAAAAUAAAAAAGAGAAGGAUAAACUGAUACAAAUGAAUAUAUUAAUUCUAAAAAUAUAUUGAAUCUUGAAGGAAAGAAAAAAACUUAUGUAACUAAAAAAACAAA